UUUUUGUCUCCUUGUCUUGAAUCUGCCCGUUUUGUAAAAUUCUAAACCACCACCACUAGGUGUCGCCCAAUCACUGAGGCUCAUUCCCUCAUUCACACACGGGCUAAAUAUUAUAUAUAUUCAUAUAUUUCCCGCAUCAGUGAGAAGCGUUACUGGGGUGAUUCUGGAUCGGAUUAGGCACGUGAGCAAAAGUGUCUGUAGGAACCCGACAACUAAUAAAGAAAUCUCCACCGACUGCAGAAUAUUCGUUAUUCCGGUAUUUCCCCGAAGAGCCUUUGUCUCUCUCAGAUUCAGGCAAAGACUCAGUUUUCCGGACUCUUGUUCAGAAGCAUUUUAUAUAAUGGGGAGAGAACUGACCUCCCUCCUAUUGUCUAGAACUGUGUUUAGAAACAAGCGCAUUGCCUUCCUGUGUGACCGGCAAGUAGAUGGCACAGAAGUUAGUUAAUAACGUCUAAAGUGCAGAGGAUGGAUCUAUUUAAAUUAGCCAAUGACAGAGACGUAUUUACGCGGUAUUCUAUUAAUUGACGCUGAUUCGUUGGAAAGGUAGAGGCGUUUGUAAAAUCAGCCAAUCACUUUGAGCUCUCUCCUAUAUAAUUCGGGUUUGCCGGCUUUUUUCAUAGUACUUUUAUUCUCUUACAGAAGAUGGCUCGUACCAAGCAGACAGCCCGUAAAUCCACCGGAGGGAAGGCUCCCCGCAAGCAGCUGGCCACCAAGGCAGCCAGGAAGAGCGCUCCUGCUACCGGCGGAGUCAAGAAACCUCACCGUUACCGGCCCGGCACAGUCGCUCUCCGCGAGAUCCGCCGCUACCAGAAAUCCACCGAGCUGCUCAUCCGCAAACUGCCUUUCCAGCGCCUGGUCCGGGAGAUCGCUCAGGACUUCAAAACCGACCUGCGCUUCCAGAGCUCGGCCGUUAUGGCUCUGCAGGAGGCCAGCGAGGCUUAUCUGGUCGCUCUCUUUGAGGACACCAACCUGUGCGCCAUCCACGCCAAGAGGGUCACCAUCAUGCCCAAGGACAUCCAGCUGGCCCGCAGGAUCCGAGGCGAGAGGGCUUAGAUCACUCGUCCCAGCAGCACAACUCAAAGGCUCUUUUCAGAGCCACCACAUCCUCAGUCAAAUGAGCUGAACGGACCUUGUUUUGGGGGGAAUAUUUUCAUUAUGGGAUGUUAUUGUGUGGGGAGGGGUCGGGUAAGUAAUAAUCUCAUGGGGAGUUCAGUAGAAAUGUCUCGCUGUGUCUCCGGUCACGUUGGGAGCAGCUAAAUCAGAGGCCGGGAGAAACCCCGCAGCGGAGCUUCGGAUCUUCGGAUCCACUUCUAACCGAGGAACCUACUGAGCGUUGAGGCUUCAUCUCACGGGGAAUUAAGUCAAUAUUUGUCUUUUCUACUGAACAUCCCGAGGCUUCAUAUUCUCCCUGGAUUUUCCUGCCGGCCAAGUUGCUUUUACGACAUUGUAACAGUCUUUUCCUCCGUGAUAAGCUUGAUUCUACUCCCACCAGCCCCGGUGUAUAAAUAAACAAGGAGAGAGAAUUAAAUGUGUCUGCGCUGCUUCUGUGUUACAUUAUGUUACCGGCUGAACCAGGCGAGUCUCUGCUCAGAAAAUACAGAAAUGUAUGGAAAGAGCGCCGCCACGUGGCAGGAUGAGCGCGGUGCAUCCAGUAAAGGUUCCCGUGUAGAACAAUAGGGAGAGAUCUGUGCCCCAACUCCUGCUGAACUGGAUCACUGGGAGGGGCUACUGUUUCCUUUAUCUUUUAAUGUAACCCGUUCUAUGCCAGCGCCUCUCACUCUGUAGAUCCUGCAAUAUGGUCUUAUCGUUUCACCACAGAGACUGCGGGCGGUUUGUGCUUCUCUUUUCAGUCUGGGGGGGGGGGGGUCUAAUGCUGAUUCCAGGGGCUGAACGAACGCGCCGGAUAACAGCGAAGCUUCUAUUUCUCCUGUUGGAUAAUAAUAAGCCACAUUUUAGCCUUUCAUAUACUUGACCCAAUAACGUCCAAUAAAGUCAUUGAGUGAUACGA